AUGAAGCUCGCGGAAAUGGAACAGGAGAAGGAGAAUCCAAUCUACCACUCCCGAACUUCCAGGAUUCAAAAAUGGAUGGAAUUGGUGAAACGUGCUCAACAGGAUCUGGAAAUGCCGUUGGAUCCCCCAAAGCGAUUAAUGCCUGGCAACGUGGUCCUCUUCCAGACUCCCGUGAAGAAUAGCCAGAUUGAAGUCGGCCUCCUGAUGACUGUUUGGAAGGGGCUGAAAAGCCCCAAGCCUCACGCAGGAGAAGUGCCUGUGCAGUCUUGUGUGGCCUUCAGGGCAGUGCAGCUUAGCCCAUCAGACGACUUGGGCAAGGAGUGGGAGGCAGAUUGGCAUUCAGCUGCCUGGGUGGUGCGCCUGGAAGGUCUCAUCACAAUCUUGGACGUUGAAGAAAGUGUUCAGCCAUCUGUAAACUCUGGCAAGAUGAAGGUUCGCCUCAGCGAGGUCAGUGCAGAUGCAUUGAGCAGAUGCGAAAGCAUCCAGACAUGGGCAGUUGGUCCAACGAUGAGACGGGGGCAAGGUGGGAUGGCCACAGACUUGCGCCUGGCAUCCACCACUUCAAAGCCCGUGGAGGUGAAGAAGACUGUGCCUGGUAACAAGUUUGCCAAGAAAAAGUUGCAGGGCAAGAAGGGUAAAGGUGACCAGUCCACAAAGAAUGCUGAAGAGUCUCACUUGGACUUGAUCAGUGACAAAGAUGUCACCUAUGCACGCAGCGUCCGACAACUUCGGCGACAAUUGGAGGACAAUUGGGAGCUGCAAGGCGUUGUGCUGGGGGCCCAGUGGGGAGAUGAAGGCAAGGGCAAGCUCGUGGACAUCCUGGCGCAGGACGUUCAGGUAUGUGCACGAUUUAAUGGAGGUGCAAAUGCAGGGCACACUUUGUUGGUAGAUGGGAAAAAAUAUGCAUUUCAUUUGCUCCCGUGUGGGAUGAUCAACAAGGCUUGCAAGAAUCUCAUUGGCAAUGGCGUUGUAGUGCACAUACCAACAUUGAUGAAAGAACUCGACGCACUCAAGGAAUUUGAUCCACAAGCUUUGGAGAGAGUGUUUAUUUCUACACGUGCCCACAUCCUCCUCGACAGCCAUCAGAUUAUAGAUGGAAUACUGGAGGCUGAACAAGGCUCCAACUCUAUUGGAACCACGAAACGCGGAAUUGGCCCUUGCUAUUCGUCAAAGGCAAUCCGUAAUGGAGUCCGCUUCGGAGAUCUGCUGCAUUUUUCAGAGUUCGAGCGAAAGUUGAGGGAACUCACUGCAUGGUCCCAGAAACGCUACAGCCAUCCUCGGGAGAAGGACUCAGCAGCACAACUGCAGCUGCGGAAAGCUUUGGGAGAGUACAAUACGCAGUCUGCAUUUGAUCCUGAACACGGUCAGAAGGGUGGGGUGAAGAAUUUGGAGGAGGAGAUUGAACGCUAUAGGAAGUAUUCAGAGCUCUUGCGGACACAGAUUGUGGACUCGGUGACGUUCUUGCAUCAAGAUGUAUCACUUGGAUCCAAGGUGUUAGUUGAGGGUGCCAACGCUGCACUCCUCGAUGUCGACUUUGGUACUUAUCCCUUUGUCACUUCUUCCAACACGACAGUUGGAAGUGUUUGCACUGGACUUGGCGUGCCACCAAAACUGGUAGACACAGUGAUUGGAGUGGUGAAGGCCUACACCACACGAGUUGGACACGGGCCUUUCCCGACGGAGUUGCAGAAUGAAAUGCAGUCCUUGGAGGACUUUGAUGAGACAUACAUAGGGCCAGAGGCCACCUUCGAACGCAAGGGGCAUACAGGUGGGCCUUUCAAGUGCACCCCUGGUCAGCCUGUCAAGGUUGGGAUGAUGCUGCAGGAAGUUGGUGCCGAGUAUGGCACAACGACCGGGCGGAGAAGAAGAUGUGGUUGGUUGGAUUUGGCCUUGGUAAAAUACUCGGCGCUGGUGAAUGGAUUUGACAGCCUGAACAUCACGAAGCUUGAUGUCCUCACUGGGCUGAAGCAGAUUCGGGUUGCAAUAGCUUACAGGAAUCGACAAAUGACCGAAGUGCGCCUUCCGAAUGGAUAUUUCCCAUCACACUUGGAUGAUCUCAAGGAGGUGGUUUGUGAGUAUGAAACCCUGCAAGGGUGGGCAGAAGACAUAUCCAAAUGUGCAAGUUGGGAAGAGCUGCCUGAAAAUGCCAAGAAGUACGUUGUGAGGAUUGAAGAGCUACUGGGCAUUCCUGUCUCCUGGGUAGGAGUUGGUCCAGACCGCAAUAGCAUGCUGAAGGUUCCAAAACGAAGGCUGGGUCUCAUGACAACUCGCUCGGAAUCGAGCCUUGUGCCAAAGCUCCCGGGAUCAUGA